AUGGGUAUGAUAUGGGAUUCGGUGAAAGAGAUAACUGGAAAUGUGUUACAUUUAAGAACUAAAUUUGUAACAAAUAAAAGACUUGAUGGACAGGUAGUGGUGAUCACUGGUGCCAACUCUGGUAUCGGCAGAGAAACGGCUCUUCAACUAUCAUUACUGGGCGCUAAGGUAAUAAUGGGUUGUAGGGACCCAAAGAGGGCCGGGAGUGCAGUGGACUAUAUAAAGGCUAACAACAAGAAUGCGGUCUUAAGUGUGAUUCAAUUGGAUUUAUCGUCACUCGAAUCGGUCCGAGACUUCGCUAAAAAGGUGUCACAAAAGGAGACAAACAUUGAUAUCCUUAUAAACAACGCGGGAAUCGCAGGAACUCCUGAAUCCCAGACGAAAGAGGGCUUUGAAAUGCAGUUCGGAACCAAUCACUUGGGUCACUUUUUACUAACUCUAUUACUGUUACCCCUACUGAAGGGCGCCCCCAAAGCCCGAGUAGUGUCGGUGUCAUCGGGUUUAUAUAAGGUCGGCAAAAUACAUUUCGAUAAUAUAAACCUAAGGGACGGCGCCUACGCUCCUAUGAAGGCCUACAAUCAGAGCAAAUUAGCAAAUGUGUUGUUCACUAGAGAGUUGGCCAAACGGUUGGGUCCUAACAGUACAAUCAGUGCAUAUUGUUUGCAUCCAGGUGCCAUUAAGACAGAUAUUGUCAAAACUGAUAAACUGUAUGAGAGAUUCCUGGCUAAUAUAGUGAGUUCCCUACUGUUCCUCACACCACAUAUGGGCGCUCAGACAUCAUUGUAUUGUGCACUGGAGGACAGCAUAGAAAAUGAGACGGGAUUUUAUUAUGAAAACUGCAAGAAAGUUGAUUUAAAACCGAUUGCAAUGGACGACAAAACUGCUGCAAAACUUUGGGAAUUAAGCACUGAGUUAGUGAAUCUGGAGGAACACCUAAAUCUACCGCAUGUCAAGCAACAGGCCUGGGAACAGGUUCAGCUAUAA